AUGAUUUUCAAAUUAAUAUCAAGAUGUUUUUUUAUAUAUUUUAUCUUUUGUGGUAAAUGGAAUCUAGCUCAAUCUGUUGAUUCCACCCAGAGUUCUACAGAUGCAACAAUUACAGAUAUUUCAUUUCAGGAUCCCGCUAAUAAUGAUGCUACAGCUAUUACACAUACAGCUACUGCUUCUACACCACCCUCUAGUGGUGCUUUUAUUCCUGCUCCGACCAUCGCUCAGCCUGUAGCUGCUUCUUCUCCUAUUGCGGGAGCACCAAUAUCAGUUCCAAUUGCUGGAACUCCUAUUGCUGGACCUAUUAAUUUAGGCUCUCAUUCUGUGACACUUCCCAUGACAGCUGGUGUUUCUUUAGGGACUCCCAUCAAUAUGGCCGCUCAACCUGCGACUAUUCCGAUGACUGCUACUCCUGUAGUUGGAGCUCAACCUAUAGCUGCUCCCUUUACAGCAACACCUGUGACGAUUUCAUUGACUCCUGGAGCUCCCAUACAAAGCCCUACUCCCAUCACUAUUGGAGCUCAAGGUGGAGCCCACAUUUCAGCUAGUUCUCAGGUCUUGGCUGCCCCUUUUACAGCUGCUCCGCAUGUCACGCCUACUAAUAUUUCAGCUGGAUCACAGGCUAUUGUAACUCCUAUCAAUGCGGCUAAUCAACAGCCUAGUCCACCUCCCAAACCUCUUAACAAAGUUACAAUUGACAUUCGAGUUAAGGAAUCAACUGCAUUCAUAAAAUACAGGAGAGAUGAACCUGAAAAAACUGACAUUUGGUAUGCCAUCGAUGGCAAUAUUAUUAACGAAAUUCAGGUCAAUGGCGUCAAGAGGUGGCCUCCUGAUAAUGAGACUAAGGAGUGUAAGAAGGUACUCUUUAUUGCAAAAGAAACUGACAAAAAGCCAACUUUGAAAGUCCUUUAUGAAGAUGAAUCUGAAGCUUUCGAUCCUGAUAAUCCACCUUCUAUAUCCACCAAUUCCAGUCUCGUGAUUACAGAUGAUACUUCAUCUUUGUCAGUUCAAACAAGUGUAGCCGAUGGCACUUCAAUCUCGUCUGUGCCUGAUCCUACAUCUGUUAAUAAUGAAGAGCAAGUGGUAACACAACCAGCUGAAGAAUCAACACAACACACUUUUAUUCCAGCAACACCAUCUUCAGUCAAUUUUACCCAAAUCUUUGUAGAUCCAACUCAAUCACUCCAAACUCCUGAGAUCACCCCAGGUCAAACUAUUACUACAACUUCUAUUACUCCCGAAUCACAGGAUCAAGCUUCUUCUUGGACAACUCCUACACAUCAACCAUCUGGUUUCACGAUUCCUCUUGAAACAGAUCAAUCUCAACCUUCGGUAUCCGAAGAGAUUCCUUCGGGACUGCCUGCUUCAAGUUCUAUUUUUGGACCUGCACAAGUGGACCACAGUGCUCAACCUUCUCAGCCACCUCAAAUGUCAUAUUCUCAUUACGAUGGCAAAGCGUACACUGAUAUUUCGCUCGAGGAUGAGGAAGGUGAUGAUGAUAGUGACGUGCCAAGUCAUGGGUUCCAUGUUGAAGAGAUUUAUGGAUACGAUCCAGACGACGAUGAUGACGGGUAUCAAAGGGUUCCCCUAACUGAUUACGUCUCAAAUCUUGGUCAUAGAGUUGGAAAUCUUGAACGCAGAAUGGACCCUGUUGAGGACAAGAUUGAAUUACUUUCUAGAAUUAUUGAUUAUCAACACCAAAUUUUAGAAUUCCGAGAACUUGUCGGUAAAAAAUCUGCUUUCGAUGUAGAUUUUGGCCGUCAUGGUCAAUUUGGCGCCGACAUGUUCAGGCCGGCCACUUCUCAGAUGUCCAAGGAGCUCGCUGUCACCGAGCACCCCUCGGAUGUUAAGUUGUUGGUGAUAGACCCUAAUGAUGCCACGAAAUUCGUUGACCUCGACACCAACAAGUACAAGGUGAAACAAGAAGGCGACGAGAUCCACUACUUGUUAGACGAGGGUGUCGAGUGCAAGUUGGUCACAUAUCAGGCCAAGAGCGUGUGGAGUCACCGCAAUUCCGACCCUCACCCUAUUGGCGUUGUUUUUUACCCUGAUGACGACAAGGUCGUGGUCGACUUUGAAGACGCGUUCGUGAUGUACGUGAAGAAGGGUGAACUGUCUGAAACCAUUCCUCUUAAUCCUGAACUUACUGAUAUGGUUGGUGAGGGUUUAACCGAAAUUGAUCCAAAUAAUACUGAAUCACAUGAUGAAAAUAAUGAACCUUCAGACAUUCAGGAAUCUAGAUAA